AUGCCACCUCUUCGUGGGUUUUCCGACAAUCCGUUUCGCACAAGGGAUGAUCUGACUGGUGCCAUUGUGGCAUUAUUGCGUCCUCUGAUUCCACACUUCUCGUCCUCAUGCGCCUGCGUCCGCAUUCCGGUCUCUACUGCUGCGCAUUUUGAUGAAGGAGCAGCGCAGCUGGAGGGAUUUGUGAGGCCACUAUGGGGGGUGGCUUCUUUACUACAGCUGCAAGCGCAUCUUGAAAGGCAAGCCACUGCUUCGAAGAUUUCGUAUGAUACCAUCGAAGAAGUGGUGAGGCCUUGGAUCCAGGGCUUCGCGACCGGGACAGAUCCCAAUCAUCCAGACUAUUGGGGACCCAUUUCUGAGACUGAUCAUCAACGUAUGGUUGAGGCUGAAGUGAUCAGCUAUGCACUUCUAUCAGCACCGGACAGGCUGUUUCAUAGUCGCGACGAGGUAACAAGACGAAACAUCGUGAACUGGCUUCGUGGCAUCAACGGACAACCAAUGCCUAACAAUAAUUGGCGAUGGUUCCGAGUAUUCGUUAACUUGGCACUGGUCAAAGUCUGCGGGGUGUCAAUUGCUGAAGUAUCAGACGAAAUGGAAGCCGACCUCCGCAUUCUUGAUUCACUCUAUCUCUGCGACGGCUGGUCCGGUGAUGGGCCAUGGCUCACAACCGAAGAAGAAGAGAAAGAAGCAGAAGAUUUCGAGCGGACCCGACGACGAGACGCGAUUGGAAAAGGUCGACAAGUCGAUUACUAUUCGGGUAGUUUUGCGAUUCAAUUCAGCCAGCUUCUCUACGUGAAAUACGCGGCAGAUCUUGAUCCUAAACGAGCAGAACGAUAUCAACAACAGGCCCGAGACUUUGGCUCCUCCUUUUGGAGGUACUUUGAUGCAGAGGGCGCUGCCAUUCCUUUCGGUCGCUCUCUCACAUACAGAUUCUCAUGUGGAGCUUUCUUCGCCGCACUCGCCGUCUCUGGCAUCCCGGAUAUGCCCUGGCCGUUGUCCAGCCCUGGACAAAUCAAGGGGUUUCUUUUGCGACACUUGCGAUGGUGGGCGGCGCGAUCAAGCGAUAUCUUCCACCCCGAUGGAACCCUGAACAUCGGAUGGCUGUAUCCGAACAUGUACAUGUGUGAAGAUUACAACUCACCCCAGUCCCCGUAUUGGUGCUUGAAAACAUUGAUCGCGAUUUCGCUAUCGACCGAGGAUAGUUUCUGGGCCUCCGAAGAGGAGCCUUAUCCUUCAUGCUUUGCACCACAGCUCGUGCCCGCGCCUCGACAAAUUGUCAGCAAUCAUCCAGCAGGGAACCACCACUUCUGUCUGUCUCCGGCGCAAUUUGUUGCCUGGCCGAUGAAGGCUACUCAGGCCAAGUAUUCUAAGUUUGAGUACUCUUCGGCCUUUGCGUUCUCAGUUCCAACCGGACCUUUAAUCCAGCAAAUGGCGCCCGACUGCACCCUCGCACUCAGUAGAGAUGGUGCUGAAACCUGGGCGGUCAAGUGGAAAUGCUCCGAGCCCAGCUUUGGAUCGGUCUCCGUCAGGGCAGAUGGCCAACUUUCGAAAUAUCAAUCUGUAACAGUGCGGUGGUAUCCGUGGAGUGAUAAGCAGGUCGAAGUCUCGACUACUCUUGUUCCACCCACAGAUCGGUGGCCGGAUUGGCACGUUCGUGUGCAUCGUGUGCGGGUCAAUUCUGCUCUACGCAGCCUGCAUACUGUAGAGGGCGGUUUCGCCUCGCCAGGGCGACGCUUUUCUGAUGGCUCUCGACUACCAGAACUGGCAAACGUGGCUGCGGAUUCGGAAAUUGGUUCAACCGAAGGUGUAUUGGCGACGCACGACUCUGUCUUGAUGAUGUCUAUGGCAGGAGCAAGUGGUCUCGCACUUGACCCGAGCGCUGAGUCGGCCGAGUGUACAACAACACCCCAUGCACUGAAACCAGACUCAAAUACAAACCUGGCAUAUCAAAGAACACUGAUUCCCGCCAUAGCGCGCGAUUUUGAACGCGACAUCACUGCAGGCGAGGAAUUUGUUUUGAUAACGCGCGUCUUCGCUGUCUCGGCUUUCGCAAAUGCAAGCAGACGUACCGAUAGGAGUCUUGCCGAUCGAUGGAUAGACAAGCCUCUGGUGUCAAUCUCAAGUUCAAGCAAGGAAAUUCCACGCGGUGAUUGUAUUCUUUUAGACUCAUAG